AUGCAUCCAAGACUCUCUUACCCCCUUACAUCCCCCUUGACCCUACUCUCUCUCACCGUCAAUGCAUGCCCUCUGGUAUUAGAAAUUUCAACCCCGAGAAACAGAUAUUCCCCAUCCACUCUCAUGAUCUUGUAAAGCUCUGUCAGAUCUGCCCUCAGCCUCUGAGGUUUCAGAGAAAACAGCCCAGCCUCUCCUGAUAGCACAUGCCCUCUCAACCAGGCAGCGUCCUGGUACCUCCUCUGCAACCCUCUCCUGUGCUUUGUUAGACUCUGACUUUCAACGCUUUACAUACUUGUUCUUUUCCUUCUGACUAAAUUCAUCGUCUCUCUGGACAUCGAAGGUUCUCUUACCUUUCCAUCCCCAUCCUUCCUUCUGACACUGGACCUUUCCCGUAAUCUGUGGGAUUGAUCCUUAAGCACCCUUCACACGACUGACGCGGACUUGCCGGAGAAAAGGUGUUCCCAAUGAACUCUUCUUAGUUUCUGCCAAAUGCUCUCGUAAUUUGCCCUGUUCCAAUUUGAAGCUCUCCCGCAAGCACCAUAUCUACCCUUAUCGACAACUAUCCUGCAAGUUAAGGAGUUCUGAUUACUUGUCCCUAACUGAAAGAUCAGUCAGUCUCCUGGUCACCCAGCAUCAGGUCCAAUAUGACCUCUCCUCCCGUUGGACCGUCCGCAUAUUGAUUUAAGAAACCUUACAGGAUACACUGAACAACUUCUACCCCAUCUAACCCUAACCCUUACAGGAAGAAGGUCCCAAUUUAUAUUAGGGAAGCUGAAAUUCCCCCUUGACAACAACCCUACUCCCACACACUCUUCCUCCGGGGAGUUUCACAUUCCCCCAUCCCAUAUACUAUCCCCCUAACCCUGAGCCUACUUCACUCCUCCUCCCGGGAGUUUCACACUGGGCGGAAUGUGUGACGGAGAUGAGGCAUCUCCUCCUCCUACGAACUAUCUUCCCGCCCUUCCCUCCUGAUUUUGCAUUUGGGAUCAGGACCGCGGCGAUGUCCCGGACUGUGCGCCAGUGCAUUGUGGAGGCGCUGGAGAACCUGGGCAGGUCGCAGCUGCGGCGCUUUAAGGAGGACCUGUCCGAGGUGCAGUACCGGCCCGGUUUCGGUGCCAUCCCCCGGGGCCGGCUGGAGGACGCUGACGCCCAGGACCUCGGCCGCCUCCUGGUCAGCACCUACCGGGACGGUUACGCGGCCGAGUUGACGCUGCAGGUGCUGGAGGCGCUGCCGGAGCGGGAAGUGGCCGACUCGCUGCGGCGCUCGCUGCCCUCGCCGGCCGGGGGACAGGCCCCGAAGACUGGAUUCAGUGGGAGUGCCGGGGGACAGGCCGCGGCAACCGGAGCGAGCGCCAAUGCCCACCCGGUGGAUCGCUACUUCGCGCAGAUUGUGCAGCAGUUUCACUCCACGGAGAUAGUGUUGGACUCGCUACUGGGCAGUGGGGUUCUCACCGCUGAACACUACGACCGCCUCCGCGGCAAGACUUCGCGGCAGGACAAGAACCGGGAGUUGCUGCUGUUCAUCCGGGGGCAGGGACUUCAAGCGAAGGAGCAGCUCUGGAACGCCAUGCGUGAUGCCGACCCGUACUUCGUGGGAAACCUGACCGGGCAGUGAGAGCGGAUUCCGGGCUUAAAUCCCCCACAGUGUCCGGGGGAGGUUCCGGUUCUACUAAGAGAGGCCUCUUGACAAUAAAAUAAGGAAUUUAUAGCCAGACGUCUGAGUUAUUGAACGCAGUAACGGUUGUAAUCGAUUCCCACAAGCCGACACACACCUCCUAUCCAUAAGAUUAUAAAACCUGGGGGCGGGACUGGCCAUUCAGCCCGUCUAGUCUGUUCCGCCAUUUCAUCGUGGUUGAUUUGCUAUCUCUCUCAACCAUAUUCUCCCUGUAACCUUUGACGCGCUGACUAGUCAAGACUCUAUCAAUCUUUGCUGUGGCACUGACUCAGCACCUCUCUGUUCCGAGUCGGUCUCCUCUGGUCCUACACUCUCCCUCUCUAUCUAGGCCUUUCAAUAUCCGGUAGGUUUCAUUGAUACCACCGUCCUAAACUCCAGAGAGUACAGGCGCAGAGCCUCGCCCGUUAACCUUUUCAUUCCCGGAACCAUUCUCGUGAUUUUCCUCGGCAUGUUUCCAAUGCUACCGCAUGCUUUCUUAGCGAGGGAGCCCAAACCAGCCCACAGCACUCCAACCACAAACAAUCACACAGAAUCCUGGAGCAGCUUCAUUCCUUCUGACAGAGUGCAUGAGCAUACACUCCCCGGAAAAGGAGAGUGAGGAGUCGGGAAUGGGAGCGACAGGCACCAGGAACCGGACCCCACGGCAGUACUGCACACCCCGUAGACCUGCACCACUACGAGAUCGUGCAGCGUUUCCACUCGGCCGACAGCGUGCUGGACCGGCUGCUGGGCCGCGGCACCAUCAC